UAGACUGAAUAAAAAUUGGACGGGCAUUGUAGUACGAAUAGAGGAUUUAAAUAAAAUCGUAAAGCUCUAAUGAACAAUAGAAAUGGCGACAGAAAGAACAGUGAUAGUGAGAAAGGGAUAGUGAGAGAAACAGACAGAUCGGUGCGUGUGUAUAUAUAGUUUGCUAGUCAGAGUGGGAGGGUGUUGAAGACGAGGGGAUAGCUAUUCUCGGAGUUUGUUCGGUACAUUUUCCCUCUCUUCCAAAUUCGGUGGCGGUAAACGUCAGUAAACCUUUCUAAAUCGUAUCGAAUAGUGCAAAGAAUUUCUUCUCUUUAUCACAUCGUUUAAAUGUAAAUUGUGCUUGUGGUCAAGUCAUAUCAAAAGCGUGAAAGAGUGAAUCACAUUCGAAGGAGAAUUAUUAGCGUGAAUUUAUAUUUUAUUGAUAGGUCUAUUUUGUCCUGUAAAUAAGGAGCGAACCGGCCGAUAAAAUGUGCGAGAACGAUAAGUCAGUCAAGUGCGAGAACGCAGAGGAAGAGGACGACGACAUGUUCGAGCAAGACUUGCUGGAGGAUGCCCAGUGGAAACGGACGCAGCAAAACACGUUCACGAGAUGGGCGAACGAGAAGCUGAAAACGGUGAACAGGCAGAUCGAUGAUUUGGAAUAUGAUUUGUCCGAUGGUCUUCUACUCAUCAGUUUGAUCGAGGUGCUCGCGCAGAAGAAGCUACCAAAACACAGUCAGAAGCCCGUCUUCAGGUCACAGAAAUUGGAAAACGUAUCGGUGGCAUUGAAGUUUUUGGACGACGAGGGAAUAAGGAUCGUUAACAUCGAUUCAACGGACAUCGUCGAUUCGAAGCUCAAGUUAAUCCUGGGUUUAAUAUGGACCCUAAUUUUACAUUAUUCGAUAUCGAUGCCUCUUUGGAAUGGGGAGGAGGGAUCCCAGACCGAGGGACCAAAACAAAGACUCAUCAGGUGGAUCAAAAGCAAAGUUCCCGAAUUAUCAAUCAGUAAUUUCACUACUGAUUGGAACGAUGGUCGUGCUAUCGGUGCUUUGGUCGAUGGAGUUGCAUCCGGUCUUUGUCCCGAUUGGCAGAAUUGGAAUAAAAAUGAUGCAAUUCGAAAUGCAUCAGAAGCAAUGCAAUUAGCCGAUGAUUGGCUGAACAUACCUCAGCUCAUCAAGCCAGAGGAGAUGGUUAAUCCAAAUAUAGACGAAAUGUCGAUGAUGACAUAUUUGAGUCAAUACCCUAACGCAAAACUAAAGCCAGGAGCACCUCUUAGACCACGUACUAAUCGAAAUAGAGUACGUGUUUACGGUCCUGGAAUUGAACCAAAUGGUGUAGUUGUAUCAACACCGACUACUUUCACUGUUGAAACAUUUUCUGCUGGUAAAGGAGACGUUGAUGUCAUCGUGGAAGAUGCUCAAGGAAAUAAAAUUCCGGUCGAUAUCAGAUUCAACAAUGACAAAAAUCUCACCUAUUCUGUGUCGUACACUCCGAGGAGCGCAAUGCCGCAUAAAGUGAAAAUAUUCUUUGCCGGAAGAGAAAUUCUAAAAAGUCCAUACGUGAUAAAUGUAGACACACCAACAGGCGAUCCUAACAAAGUUACAGCGAGUGGGCCAGGAUUACAGCCAGAAGGAGUUGCACUAAACAGAUCUACCUUCUUUGGUAUAUUCACAAAAACUGCUGGACGUGGUGCACCUGCAGUUACAAUUUUGAACGCACAAGGGUUAAGCGUGCCGGUGAAAUUACGUCAAACUCUACCAGAAGUAUGGAGAUGCGAAUACAUCCCGACUGAAUCUGGCUUACAUUCGGUGAAUGUGUCCUUUGCUGGAAAACCUAUACCUGAAAGUCCCUUCAACGUUAACAUAAGCUCAACAUCAGAGGUUCAGAAGUGUAGAGCUUAUGGACGAGGAUUGUUACCGAAUGGAGUCCGCGUUCAGGAUGAUGCAGAUUUCGUCAUAGUUACGAAGGAUUUUGGUGAAGAUGUGCCUGGAAUUAAAAUCAUUGGUCCUGGAGGGGUUAAUCAAUCAGUGCAAGUGGUUAGAGUCGAUUCAAAAACGUACAAGUGCAAUUACACGCCGAUGAAAGAGGGACGAUAUAUGGUGAUGAUAACGUACUGCGGAAAAGAAAUUUACAAGUCACCUUUCGAAGUGAACGUUGGUCCUUACAAGGAAUCGGCGAUCAAAGCUUAUGGUCCUGGUCUCCGCGGUGGUAUCGUUGGUCACACGGCGAAAUUUAUUAUCGACACGCAAAGAGAAACUGCUAGCCUUGGAUUCGCGAUCGAGGGACCAUCGGAAGCGAAGAUCUUUUGUCAUGACAAUGGGGAUGGAACUGGUGUUAUAUCUUACCUACCAACUGCUCCAGGAUACUAUGCUGUUCAUAUUCGUUGCAACAACGAGGACAUUCCGAAAUCACCGUACCUCGUGCAUAUCUUGCCGAAAAGCGACUUCGAUCCUGACAAGGUUGAGGUAUAUGGUCCAGGAAUUCAAGCGGAGACACUUCACUGUAAAAAACCAACGAAUUUCACAGUGGACGUAAGAAAAGCUGGCCAAGCGCCGUUGGAAGUCAUCGCGCAAGAUGCUCAAGGAAAAAACGUUUCUGUUCUGUUGGAGGAUAAGUACGAUGGCACUGUGCAAUGUCAUUAUACUCCCAUAUCUGCAUCAAAUCACGUUAUCAUGGUGAAUUAUGGUGGCGUAGCUACGAAACACUCUCCCUAUCGAAUGAAAGUGGAAGCACCGUUGAAUAUUGCUAAGCUAUCAGCAUACGGACCUGGACUCGAGAAGGGCGUCAAAUCAAACAUACCAACUCACUUUGUCGUCGACUGUCGCGAAGUUGGUCCAGGCCAACUUCGCGUGAGCAUAAAAGAUUCUGACAAGAAAGAGAUUCCGUUUUCACUGUCGGACAACAAGGACUGCACUUAUACAGUGACAUACGUAGCACGCGAACCAGGAACGUGCUUCGUUAAUUUGAAUUAUGGAGGCCUGAACGCACCUCAGUGUCCAAUAAAAGUGAACGUUCAAUCGCACAUCGACAUCUCGGAGGUUAAAGUGGAAGGCCUUGCAGAAACGGCUCCGGUGAACAGCCUGCAGCAAUUCCUCGUGAUAACGAAAGGCGCGGGCAAGCCAGCGGACUUUCAGGUGACGAUAACCGCGCCCUCGGGUAACCGUGUCAAGGCGCACGUGGUGCCGAUUCGUGAAGGCUACCUCGUGAAUUUCACGCCCACCGAGCUGGGCGAAUAUCUCUUGGGAAUCAGUUUCGGCGGUGAGCCGAUAUCGAAUCAACCGUACCGAUUAACGUGCGUGCACGGUUCAGACCCAGAAAAGGUACGAGCCACUGGUCCAGGUCUGACGCACGGAAUAGUAAAUAAACCGGCGGAAUUUGUGAUCGACACUCGGGGCGCUGGCCAGGGUAAUCUCGGCGUCACGGUCGAAGGACCGUGCGAAGCAGCGAUUAAUUGUCGCGACAACGGCGACGGGACCUGUUCCGUCGCCUAUCUGCCAACCGAGAUCGGCGAUUAUGGGAUCAAUAUCACGUUCAACGAGAAGCACAUCCCUGGCUCGCCUUUCCAGGCGAUCGUGGUGAAAGACGUCGAUGUAUCGAAGAUCAAGGUCACCGGAACCGGCAUUCAACCAAACGGCCCGUGCGUGAAUCGUGCAACAGAGUUCACGGUGGACGCGCGAUCGCUUCCAAAGACGAAAAACGAUCACGACAAAUUGUCCUGCAUAAUUAACAAUCCUGAUGGUAAUACCACUGAAAAAGUCAUCGCUCUACAAAGGGACGGAACCUAUUUAGUCAGUUACAAGCCAUUCGAGGAAGGACCUCACACUAUAGACAUACGCUACGAUAACAUUCCAGUUCCUGGUUCGCCGUUCACAGUCAACGUUCAAUAUUACAGCGAUCCUAGCAAAUGCAAGGCGCAUGGACCGGGUUUGGAAAAAGGAUACGUGAAUAAGUACAACACGUUCGUCGUAGAAACGAAAGAUGCCGGAAACGGCGGACUAUCGUUAUUGAUGGAAGGGACUGACUACGCAGAGGUGGCGUGUAAGAGAAACGACGAUGGCUACUGCACGGUGGAAUACUUCCCACCCUCGCCUGGUGACUACGACAUAUCCAUCAAAUUCGCCGAGCAACACAUUCCUGGAUCGCCGUUCAAAGUCGUGGUGGUUGACGAAAAGCAAGCGAGCAACGUGACCGCGUACGGCGAAGGUUUAGAAGUCGUUAGAGAAAAUAUCCCGACAAAAUUCAUGGUGAACACGUCGAAAUGCAAUCCGGCGCAAUUGAACGUCACGCUGAAGACCAACAAAGGACGCGUUCAGAAGCCAGUGAUCAAGAAUUGUGGGAACGGUUUGUUCGAAGUAACGUAUCAGCCGCCGUCACCUGACAGCGAUCUGCAAGUUGGAGUGAUGUUCGACGGUGAGAACAUUCCAGGAAGUCCUUUCAAGCCUCAGGUUUUGCCUACCGUAGAGCCGAAUAAGGUUGUUGUGUCGGGUCCUGGUGUGGCUCCUGUUUGCACCGCGUCUUUCCCAAUUAAUUUCGUGGUCGACACGUCUGAGGCUGGUUACGGCGACCUUGAAGUUCAAGUACUGGGUCCAGAUCAAGUGCCACGCAAGGUUGAAAUUCAGAACCUGGGUGAUGGAAAGUACAAAGCGACUUAUCUACCCGACGACUGCGGCCGUUACAAAGUCAACGUUAAAUACGGCGACAAAGAAAUACCAGGCUGUCCUAUCAACGUUCAGAGCGUAUCCACUGGUAAAGCCGAGAAGUGUAAAAUCAAGGAAGGUAUUCAACGCACUUUGGCUCAGGGUGAAGAGUACUGUAUCACUGUCGAUACUGAAAAUGCUGGCCGUGGUGCGGUCACCUGUCGCAUACGAUCUACCUCUGGAAGUGAAGUGGUGGAUAUCGAUAUUGAAGACAACGGCGAUGGCACGGUGAACAUUUAUUAUACUGUGGCGGAUGCUGGUGAUUACACCCUCAGCAUCAAGUUUGGUGGUCAACCGAUACCAGAGGGAUUUUACACAUUCACAGCGUCAGAGGAGUAUCGAGAGCACAGCACCCAUAAAACUCACAGAGCUAAGAAAACCAGACAGAAACAGGAGCAACACAUCGUAGAGCAGCACAGCUCAACCGUUCAGGAAAGUUCCAGUGUAUCCACGAAGAAGAAUUUCAACGAAGUCCGAUUGAACAACAUCCUUUUACCAUUAUUGGACGGCACCGUAACAUCUGAAGUGAAAAUGCCGAGCGGGAACUUGGACAAACCCGUGAUCGAGGAUAAUCGAGACGGCACAGUGUCGAUUAGGUACGAUCCCAGGGAAGAAGGACAGCACGAGCUUGCAGUGAAAUUCAAUGGCGAACACGUCCAAGGUUCACCGUUCAGAUUCCACGUGGACUCUCUAGCGAGUGGCUACGUGACAGCGUACGGACCAGGCCUGAUAUACGGUGUCUGCGGUGAACCAGGAAACUUCAACAUCUCUACAAAAGACGUAGGACCUGGUGGUCUCUCGCUCUCCAUCGAAGGGCCGGGCAAAGCAGCGAUCUCCUGUCACGAUAAUAAAGAUGGCACAAUUUCAGUUUCUUACUUACCAACCGAUCCAGGGGAAUAUAAAAUCGGCGUGAAAUUCGGUGGCAAACACAUUCGCGGCAGUCCUUACGUUGCCAAAAUCACAGGCGAGGGUCGCAAGAGGAACCAAAUCUCGGUCGGUUCGUCCAGCGAGGUCCAACUGCCGGGCAAAGUGACAGACUCUGACAUCAGAUCCUUAAACGCCUCGAUCACAGCCCCGAGCGGCCUCGAAGAGCCAUGCUUCUUGAAGACGUUACCAAACGGCAACAUGUGCGUGUCGUUCACUCCUCGCGAGGCCGGCCCUCACACGGUGGCGGUGAAAAAGAUGGGCAAACACAUCCCUAACUCGCCGUUCAAGAUCGACGUGAAAGAUCGCGAGGUCGGCGACGCGAAGAAGGUGAAGGUGUCCGGGCCUGGCCUGGUCGAGGGUAAAACUCACGUGGAGAACAACUUCUCCAUCGACACGAGGAACGCUGGCUUUGGUGGUCUCUCGCUGUCGAUCGAGGGGCCGAGCAAGGCCGAGAUUCAGUGCAAGGACAACGAGGACGGGACACUGAACAUCUCGUACAAGCCCACCGAGCCUGGCUACUACAUAGUGAACUUGAAGUUCGCCGACCAUCACGUGGAGGGUUCACCUUUCACGAUAAAAGUGACCGGCGAGGGUAGCAAUCGCCAGAGGGAGAAGAUUCAGAGACAGAGGGAGGCUGUGCCCAUCACCGAGGUUGGUAGCCAGUGUAAGAUAACGUUCAAGAUGCCUGGGAUCACGUCGUUCGAUCUCGCGGCGACGGUCACUUCGCCGGGAGGCGUGACGGAAGACGCUGAGGUCAAGGAAGUUGAGGACGGCCUGUACGCGGUUGCUUUCGUGCCGAAGGAGCUCGGCGUACACACGGUUUCCGUUCGUUACAAGGAGAUCCACAUCCCUGGAUCACCGUUUCAAUUUACCGUGGGACCGUUCAGAGACAGUGGCGCGCACCGGGUCCACGCCGGUGGCCCUGGUCUGGAGAGAGGUGAACAGGGCGAACCGUGCGAGUUUAACAUUUGGACGAGAGAGGCCGGAGCUGGUACUCUGGCUGUUUCCGUGGAGGGACCCAGCAAGGCUCAGAUCGACUUCAAGGAUCGAAAGGAUGGCAGCUGUUACGUUAGCUACGUUGUUUCCGAGCCGGGUGAAUACAGGGUAGGGAUAAAGUUCAACGAUCAACAUAUUCCCGAUUCGCCUCACAAGGUUUACAUAUCACCGGCGAUGGGCGAUGCUCAUAAGCUGGAAGUGGCGCAAUUUCCGGAAUCCGGCGUGCAACCAGACAAGCCAGCCACCUUCCUCGUUCGCAAAAAUGGUGCCAAGGGUGAACUUGACGCGAAGAUCGUGUCCCCCAGUGGUAUCGAGGAUGACUGCUUCAUCCAAGGUAUCGACACCGACACUUACUCUGUGCGAUUCAUGCCAAGGGAGAACGGCAUUCACAACAUCCACGUGAAGUUCAACGGGGUUCACAUACAGGGUAGCCCGUAUCGUAUCAAAGUGGGCAAAGUGGACGCCGAUCCGGCCGCAUUGCACGCAUACGGGAAUGGCCUGAAGGAGAUCAAAACUGGCCAGAAGACAGACUUUAUCAUUGACACGUGCAACGCCGGAAGUGGCGUGCUGUGCAUAACGGUGGACGGCCCGAGCAAAGUAGCGAUGGAUUGCACAGAGGUUGAAGAAGGCUACAAAGUUAGAUACACACCCUUGGUACCUGGCGAUUAUUAUAUCAGCAUCAAAUACGAUGGAUAUCACAUCGUUGGCUCGCCGUUUAAGGUCCCUUGCACAGGUGCGGAUCUGGCAGAGAGAGGCGCGCAAGAAACGAGUUCAAUUGUGGUGGAAACUGUUCAAAAGAUUUCGAAAUCGAAGCAAGCUGGACCAGUUUUACCCCUUUUCAAAUCAGAUGCCAGUAAGGUAACGAGCAAAGGAAUGGGUCUGAAAAAGGCAUACCUUGGCAAACAGAAUGUGUUUACCGUAAAUGCUAGCGACGCUGGCAAUAACAUCUUGUACGUUGGUGUGUACGGACCCAAAGGUCCAUGCGAUGAAGUGUCCAUGAAGCACACAGGUCGCAAUAAUUACAACGUGAGCUACAUGGUUCGCGAAAGGGGUGAAUACAUUGUUAUUGUAAAAUGGGGUGACGACCAUAUCCCUGGAUCUCCAUACAAAGUCGAAGUAUAAAAUAAAUAUAUCCUAGAAUUAAAAAAAAAAAAAGAAAAAAAAAGGAAAGAAGAACGUGAAAAGAAGAUUCCAAUAAAACUCUGCGAUAAUUUUGCUUUCUAUCAGAGUCUUCUGUAUUGAUUGUUCCAUCUUUGAGUCAUCGAUAAUUGCCGAUGAAAUACCUAUCUACUUGAACGAAUAGAAUAAAAUGAAGCGUAUAAUAAACGUAGUGAAACUUGCAAACUCGUGAAGAUCUUGAGACGAAUAGCGUUAUUUUCGAUUAACUCUUAACUGGUGUCGUUCAGGAAUUUUUAAUUAUAUUUCAGUAUAACUUUGACUUACAUUUGAGAAUUGCAGAAAAUGCAAAAUAUAGACUCGAAUACGUUAAAUUUCGUGAUCUAUGACUCGGUGAUACUACUUGAGAGUUAAGCACGAAAAUACGUCUUACAUUUUCACUAAGUUUUUGUGAGAAAUUAAACGAUACGAAAGGUUAAGGAAUUAUUUCAGCGAAAAAGCAGAAUGUUCUUCGAACGUAAGCUUCUUACGCGUUUCCAUCUAAAUUCAAAUUUCACAACGUGGUAAGAAUUCGAAAAAAUUGUGAGAUUAUUUAUGGUUGAUCGUUUAACUAUUUUGCACCACGUGUAAAGAAUAUAAAAUUUCUUCGCAGAAUAGCGCGCCAAACGCAAGAUCGAUUGUCGAUCGAGUAAGAAAUUAAGUUUCGUCAAUUAUUUUCGUGAGGAACCAAAUAAUUAUAAGCAGAUUACAUAUAUUGAUUGUAAGUGUGUGAGACAGUUAAGAAUUCCCCCCCUGAGAAAGAAACUCGCGUUACCUUGGUCUUUUACUUGUAUAGCAAGCAGUAUUUAGCUAGCUCCAUUAGAAGAAGAAAGUGAAAUCAAGAUUCCAACGAAUCCCUGCGAUAAUCGAGCCUCUCGUUGAGUCAAAUCGAUUAAUUCCACAAAACAGAGAAUAGAAAAAUUGACGAAAUAGCAUCAAUUCUCUUUUAAGAUAUUUUUAAUGAUCAUUAUAUUAUGUAGCUUUUGUCUGACGACAUACAAAAUGUAUAAAUAACGCUUCUGAGAUAAGCUAUUUACUAUUCCAGGUCUAAACAAAUUUGUGUCUAAUUGUUGAGAAAAUUUAUUUUAAAUAUAAAAAAGCGUCAAGUGUUUCGACACAAAAAUUUGAAGAAUUUUAGAUAUAAAAAGAAUUAAUCAUCGAAAAAAUUUAGCGAUUUAUUAAAAAGGUAUUAAAAGUUAGAGAUUUAUUAAAAAGGUAUUAAAAAGUUAAGCGCCAGUGUUUUGGCACUAAAAUUUAAGGAAUUGUACAUAUAAAAAUUGAAGCGUUCUAGCACUAGUCUCGCAAUUAAAAAAAAAAAUGUUUUAGAUUUAUUUUAGACAUGAAGAAGUCGUUAAAGAAAAAAUAUUUUAGAUUUAUUUAAAACAUGAAGAAAAAGUUAAACAUGAAAAGUCAGUCAAGUUGUUUCGACGUUAAAAUUUAAAUGAAUUUUAGAUAUUUAUUAGAAAAUUUAAGCACCGUGCUUUGCAAUUUACAGAAAAUUUAGAGAUCUGUUUUAGAUGUAGGAAGUUAAGCAUCAAUCUGAUAUUUUAUAAGAAAAUUUGGAAAUUUAUUUUAGACGUAAAAAGUUAAGUUAAUCAACUGAAUGUUUCGAGAUUAGAUUUUAAAGAAUAAGUAGAAAGUGGAGUUAAUCACUUUGGCCCGAUUUUCCUUCGUGUCCAGACAGACUCUCUCCUCUAUCAAUUGUUCCAUCUUAUUAGAGUGUUUCAUGUUGUUUAAACAGUUUCCUCGUCAGAUGGUUGGUUACGAUGUUGUAGCGUGCACUAUAGAGUAGCCUGGUUUCGAAUGACAUAUCUAGAUGUUAUUCAUUCAAUUGAACGAGUGAUAAAGAAAAAAUGAUAAAUACAAUGUGGACGGCGAAAUAAGUCAAUUAUUUUUAUCUGAGAGAAGUAAGGAACACCGAUUGUGCCUUGUGUUCUAGAUCCAGACAUUUGUUCGAUUAAAGUGCGUUCUAUAGAUGCAUCUGUUCUCCGCUGCGUAAUUAUGAUUUUAAUGCGAUUGGAUUAGAAACACGCGGGCUAAAAGUUUCGAUGAUUAUAAAUUAUACGAAAACUGAAAUAAAUGAUAUGUUUAUUAA